GUUUUUAAAUAGUUAUACGAAGGCCAGUAUCAACUGAAAAAUGAAAUGGACUUCACUGUAACAUUUUUCGUUAUAACAAUAAUUUUUCAGAAUAUAUACGAAUGCAAUGGAAGAAAAUUCAGAAACAACUAUAGACUACAUCAGGCACAAAGGAGAAAUUAUAGACAAGAAGAGGAUUCAGACGAUUCAGAGAUAAUUAAUCAAAGAUAUUACAAUUACCAUCCUGGAUCAAAUACAAGACGUAGUAAUUGGCCACAUAUACCUAAUGCACCUGAAGAAACAUUUAGGAGACAAGGCGGCGGUAGUUAUGAUAAUCUUAAUGUUCUAAAACUCGGGUCUACUGAAAUUGACGACAGCCAAUUCAAUCUUAAAUAUACCCAUGCUAAAAUACUUCCA